ACCUCGAGACCUUUCUCCGUUCCUGCCUGCAUCAUGGCCCACCAUCACUUCCAAGUUUCUCGAAAGACGCGCCUGAGGGCUGUGAUUGCCAUAUCGUUCUGUUUCUUCCUAGCUGAGAUAUCUGGUCAGCUUUGAGUUGUUUUGAAAUAAUUUGUUUGUACUGAUGCACGACACAGUUGGCUUCUACACUCGCUCUCUGGCUCUGGUAGCAGAUGCUUUCCACUAUCUGAACGAUCUCAUCGGCUUCAUCAUUGCUCUCCUGGCCGUACAAGUGACAGAGCGCAAAACAUCCCCUCAAGACCUCUCCUUCGGCUGGGCAAGAGCACAGCUUCUUGGUGCCUUCUUCAACGGCGCCUUUCUACUCGCCCUAGGUUUGAGUAUCUUGCUACAGUCGAUAGAACGUUUCAUUUCCCUUGAGCACGUCGAGAAUCCAAAGCUAAUGCUCAUCGUGGGCUGUAUCGGCCUGUUCUUGAAUGUCAUCAGUGCUUUGUUCCUCCACGAGCAUGAUCACGAUCACGGCCACAGUCAUGCUGCAAGAGACGAUAUGGAGAUGUACCCUACCCCUGCUCAUGCAUCUCACAUGCACAUACUCGCAAAGCCCACCAAGCAUGGCAUGGACCUAGGCAUACUGGGCGUUCUCAUCCACGUUCUCGGCGACGCAAUCAACAACAUCGGUGUCAUCAUCGCAGCUGCCAUCAUCUGGUUUGUCAAGUCGCCUUCGCGUUUCUAUGCAGACCCUGCCGUGAGCCUACGGAUUGCCGUCAUGAUCCUCGUAACAGCCAUUCCUUUGACGAAGCGCAGCGGCAAGAUUCUCCUUCAGUCCGCGCCUCUAGGUGUCAAGAUUGAAGACAUCAAACACGACCUUGAGUCCAUUCCCGGCGUCCAUAGUGUUCACGAACUGCACGUGUGGCGUCUGGAUCAGAAGAAAGCGAUUGCGAGUGCGCACAUCGUUGUCAACAAUCCUGAUCUGAGGCAUUUCAUGCAGCAAGCGGAUACGUUCUCGCAUUGUUUGCACGCAUAUGGUAUCCACUCUGCCACGUUACAACCCGAGCUUGCGGUAUUUUCUCAGGAAUCGUUGGGGCAGAACUCCGACACCAUCGUAGGGUCAUCAUCGACAAGUGUGGAGAAAUGCGCAUUGCCAUGCAGAGUUGAAUGUGAAGAGCUGAAGUGCUGCAAAUGAUAUACACUACCACAACAUACGUAGGCGGGUUACGGGUUAGAACGGCAGGUAUAGGUUGCGUCUAGAUAAAGACAUUAUUCUAUAAAGAAGUUGAUUUGGCCAGAAACACCAGCUCACAACUUGCUCAUCACCUCUAACACUC